CUCCCUUUUUCUUUCCCUCUCUUUCUCUCUCUCUCUCUCUCUAUCUAUCUAUCUAUUUAUCUAUCUAUUUCUAUGUCUCGGUUUGAAAGGUCCUUCUAUUUUUUUUUUUCUAAAUCAGUGUAUCCAGUUCGGUGCAUUUUAAAUUCGAUUGAUUCAUCGAUAAUAUCUCGUGAAAUGAAGUUUUAAUCGAUCAUUUAAAAGAAAAAAAAAAAGAAAGAAAGAAAGAAAAAAGAAAAACGAGAGAGAGAGAAAGAGAACCGAAAUCAUCAAAAUAAAUACAUUCGAAGAAGAGUGAAAAAAAGAAAGUAAUUGGAACUGAAAAGAAAAGAAACGUAUCGUACGAUUGAUCUUUUAAUGAAUUAAAUUUAUUUAUUAUUAACGUUUGAAUGAACGCGCGUGUUGAAUGAUAACUACAGUGCUACGAAAUACCAGAUCAAAAAGAAUUCUUCCCGAUCUUUUGUGAGAAUCUAUAUCGUCGUCGUUAAAUAAUAUCGAAAAUAAACAUCAUUAUUAUGGGUAUGGAUGAACAACAAGAAUUCAGUUAUGAGUGUGGUCUAAGCAAGGAUACGCAAAAAAUGGCGAAGGAUGAACUUCGCGAGGAUGAUAAAAUGAGAGAACAAUCAUUGGAACAAUUCAGGCAAUGGAUUUUAAAACAUCCAUCAAUCAAAACUUGCAGGAUGGAUCCGAUCUUUCUCCUUAGAUUUUUAAGAACGAAAAAGUUUAGUCUACCGAUGGCACAGAAGAUGCUCGAAAGAUAUCUCACUGUAAGACAAUUAUAUCCCGAAUGGUUUCAAAAUCUUGACACCGACGAUCCGGAAAUAGAAGCCAUUAUAAACAGUGGCUAUAUCAUACCUUUGCUAGAGCGAGACGCUCAAGGACGAAAAAUCUUAUUCAUUUCCCCAGAACGCUUUAACCCAUACAAAUACACGUUGGCCCAGAUGGUACGCGUCCAUAGUAUCAUCUUCGAAGCUCUCUUGGACGACGAGGAAAAUCAAGUUCGCGGAUAUAACUACAUAAUAGAUGAGUCCGGCUUAACUAUGGGACAUCUAAGCGUCUGGUCUUUCACCGAUAUCCGUAACAUGCUAUAUUGCGCAGAGAAUAGUUUGCCUGUGAGACACAAGGAAACUCAUUUUAUCAAUAUACCAACAUAUGCUUCCAAGAUUAUUGAAUUUGCUAUGUCUUGUCUCAAAGACAAAUUCAGAAAUCGUAUUGUGAUACAUAAGAACAUCGAGGAAUUGAAAGAAUUUCUAGAUCCAAAGAUCCUGCCAAAGGAAUAUGGAGGCGAAGUUCCUCUUACGGAGAUGAUCGACACUAUUAAAAAGAUCUUAAAAGAGAAAAAGGAACAAAUAAAGGCUCUCGACAAAAUGCACAUUGAAAUUUCGCCAAAUGAAUAUCAGGCCGCAUACGAUGAAGAAUUUAGUGGUAUUUUUGGUUCCUUUCGUAAGUUAGAAGUGGAUUAAGAUCCCCCCUCCCCCUCCAUCCAUCCAUUGGUAUUCCAAUAUUAAUUCAUUGAUUUUCUUUUUUUGUUUUUGUUUCUUUUUUUUUUCCAUUGUUUAAACCGUAUCAAUGUAUAUUUGUUAGAGCAUCGUUACGGUUAAAAAUGUUUUUAAUUGUUCUCGUUCAUAUUUAUUUAUAGUUACGUUUUCAUAUUUUAUAUGAAAUUUAAAUUUUGUAUAGACAUCAUCGUUUUCUUUUAUUCUAAUGUU